UCUACUCCUUUACACCUAGCAGCAGGCUACAACAGAGUUCGAAUAGUCCAGCUUCUGCUUCAGCAUGGUGCAGAUGUGCACGCAAAGGACAAAGGUGGUCUUGUGCCUCUUCAUAAUGCAUGUUCAUAUGGACACUAUGAGGUUACAGAGCUACUGCUUAAGCAUGGUGCCUGUGUGAAUGCUAUGGACCUCUGGCAAUUUACCCCCUUGCACGAAGCUGCUUCCAAGAACCGCGUAGAGGUCUGCUCCCUCCUACUGAGUCACGGUGCGGAUCCCACAUUAGUCAACUGCCACGGCAAGAGCGCGGUCGAUAUGGCUCCAACGCCUGAGCUAAGGGAGAGACUGACCUAUGAAUUCAAAGGACACUCUUUACUGCAAGCAGCCAGAGAGGCAGACCUAGCCAAAGUGAAAAAGACACUUGCUUUGGAGAUCAUUAAUUUUAAGCAGCCACAGUCGCAUGAGACUGCACUGCACUGUGCUGUCGCCGCUGUGCAUCCCAAGCGGAAGCAAGUUACAGAACUAUUGCUCAGGAAAGGAGCAAAUGUUAAUGAGAAAAACAAAGAUUUCAUGACACCUUUGCAUGUUGCAGCUGAAAAAGCUCAUAAUGAUGUAAUGGAAGUUCUGCAUAAACAUGGAGCAAAGAUGAAUGCACUGGACACACUUGGUCAAACAGCGUUGCACAGGGCUGCGUUAGCAGGUCACUUGCAAACCUGCCGGCUCUUGCUGAAUUACGGCUCUGAUCCCUCCAUCAUAUCUUUACAAGGCUUCACAGCGGCACAGAUGGGAAAUGAAGCAGUGCAACAGAUACUAAGUGAAAGUACACCUGUGCGUACAUCUGAUGUGGAUUAUCGGUUGUUAGAAGCAUCCAAAGCUGGAGACUUGGAAACUGUGAAGCAACUUUGCAGCCCUCAGAAUGUGAAUUGUAGAGAUUUGGAAGGCCGUCAUUCAACGCCACUGCACUUUGCUGCAGGAUAUAACCGCGUAUCAGUGGUGGAGUAUCUGUUGCACCACGGGGCAGAUGUGCAUGCCAAAGAUAAAGGUGGCUUAGUACCCCUGCACAAUGCCUGUUCUUAUGGACACUACGAAGUGGCUGAACUCUUAGUGAGGCAUGGUGCUUCUGUCAACGUGGCGGACCUGUGGAAAUUCACGCCUCUACAUGAAGCGGCAGCAAAAGGAAAAUAUGAAAUCUGCAAGCUACUUUUAAAACAUGGAGCUGAUCCAACAAAAAAGAAUCGAGAUGGAAACACUCCUCUAGAUUUGGUGAAAGAAGGAGACACAGAUAUCCAGGACUUACUGCGAGGAGACGCUGCCUUGCUAGAUGCUGCCAAGAAGGGGUGCCUGGCACGAGUGCAGAAGCUAUGUACUCAAGAAAACAUCAAUUGCAGAGACACACAGGGAAGAAAUUCAACACCGCUACAUCUUGCAGCUGGUUACAACAACCUGGAAGUGGCUGAAUAUCUUCUUGAGCAUGGUGCUGAUGUUAAUGCCCAGGACAAAGGAGGAUUAAUCCCCCUACACAACGCAGCAUCCUAUGGGCAUGUGGAUAUAGCAGCACUGUUGAUCAAAUACAAUACAUGCGUAAAUGCAACAGAUAAAUGGGCAUUCACACCAUUGCAUGAAGCUGCACAAAAAGGAAGGACACAGCUCUGUGCUCUUUUGUUAGCUCAUGGAGCAGAUCCAACCAUGAAGAAUCAAGAGGGUCAGACACCACUAGACCUGGCAACAGCUGAUGAUAUCCGAGCUUUACUGAUAGACGCGAUGCCUCCAGAAGCUUUGCCUACAUGCUUUAAGCCUCAAGCUACUGUUGUUAGUGCCUCCCUGAUCUCACCAGCAUCUACGCCGUCCUGUCUCUCUGCUGCCAGCAGUAUAGAUAACCUCACUGGACCACUGGCAGAACUAGCUGUAGGAGGGGCAUCAAAUGCUGGUGAUGGAGCAGCAGGAACUGAAAGGAAGGAAGGAGAAGUUUCUGGUCUUGACAUGAACAUUACCCAGUUUCUAAAAAGCCUGGGUCUUGAACACCUUCGGGACAUCUUUGAGACAGAACAGAUAACCCUGGAUGUGUUGGCAGACAUGGGGCAUGAGGAGCUUAAAGAAAUUGGGAUCAAUGCGUAUGGACACCGCCACAAAUUAAUAAAAGGUGUGGAGAGACUUCUAGGAGGGCAGCAAGGCACCAAUCCUUAUUUGACUUUCCACUGUGUGAGUCAGGGGACCAUUCUCCUUGACCUUGCUCCUGACGAUAAGGAGUAUCAGUCCGUAGAAGAGGAGAUGCAAAGUACAAUUCGGGAGCAUCGCGAUGGUGGAAAUGCUGGUGGGAUCUUCAACAGGUACAAUGUCAUCAGGAUUCAAAAGGUCGUGAACAAGAAGUUGCGGGAGAGAUUCUGUCAUAGACAGAAGGAGGUCUCAGAGGAGAAUCAUAAUCAUCACAAUGAGCGCAUGUUGUUUCAUGGGUCUCCAUUUAUUAAUGCUAUCAUUCACAAAGGAUUUGAUGAAAGGCAUGCAUACAUUGGAGGAAUGUUUGGAGCUGGAAUUUACUUUGCCGAGAACUCCUCAAAAAGCAACCAAUAUGUGUAUGGGAUAGGAGGAGGAACAGGCUGUCCCACACACAAAGACAGGUCCUGUUAUAUCUGCCACAGACAAAUGCUCUUCUGUAGAGUGACCCUUGGAAAAUCCUUUCUUCAGUUCAGCACAAUGAAAAUGGCACACGCCCCUCCAGGGCACCAUUCUGUUAUUGGCCGGCCAAGCGUGAAUGGACUUGCAUACGCUGAAUAUGUUAUCUAUAGAGGAGAACAGGCAUACCCGGAAUAUCUCAUUACAUACCAGAUUGUGAAACCAGAAGCUCCCUCACAGACAGCAACAGCAGCAGAGCAAAAGACCUAGUAGCUACAGAGCAAUGAAGAAGGAUGUGACUUCAAUCUUGGACUGGAUGGAUACGUGUUUCAGAAAAUCAGUAUCAUAUAAAAUCCUUAACAACCUGGAAAUAAGCUGUGUGUCUUUUAUAAAGCAUUGGUGUCUUGAUGAAUACAAUAUGAGUAACUCUUGCAUACUCAACUGCUAUUGUUCCUUUUGAGGAAAGUUUACAAGGGACUGCCUUUUAAUAACAUAUCUCAGGCUCCUGGUCUCUGCAGUUACCAUGUGUAAAAUAAUGUUGUUUUGAUCUAGACUUUGGGAACAUUAUUGUGCAAACAAAAAUCUUUAUCAAUGCUAUCUCACA